UAAUAAAAUAAUAAGGCCAGCUCAAUUAUUUAGGCAGCAACAAGUCACUGAGUGAGAGAGAGACUUGUGGAUUUGUAUCGAAUCUAGAUUCAGAUUCGUUUAUUAGUAAUUAAACACUUGAUCAUCGUGCUUGUGACAUGAGGCCAAGGAUUUAUCUGUUGGGUGAUUCAAUCACCGAGGAGUCAUUCACUGAAGGUGGAUGGGGUGCCACUCUUGCCAACCAUUUCUGCCGCAUGGUAGAUGUGGUGCUGAGAGGGUAUAGCGGCUACAACACUAGGUGGGCGUUGAAGGUGUUGGAGAAGGUUUUCCCUGAAGCCCCACCAUCGCAAGGAGAUGGUGAUGGUGGUGGUGGUGCACCAGUCGCUGCUGUCACUGUCUUCUUUGGUGCUAACGAUGCUACCCUUCCAGAUAGGUGUUCUGGUUUUCAGCACGUGCCUCUCAAUGAAUACAAGCACAACCUUCACUCCAUUGUCUCCUUCUUCAAGAAGCUAUGGCCAAAAGCAAUUGUUCUACUCAUAACGCCUCCUCCAAUUGACGAAGUUGCACGUCUUCAAUAUCCGUAUACAGACAACCCACAGGGUCUUCCUGAGAGGACAAACGAAGCUGCUGGCGAGUAUGCUAAAGCAUGCACUGCUGUGGCUGCAGAAUGUGGAGUCCCUGUGAUUGAUCUGUGGACCAAAAUGCAGCAGUGUCCCGACUGGAAGAAAGAAUAUCUAAGCGACGGUUUGCAUCUCACUAAAAAAGGGAAUCAAGUUGUUUUCGACGAAGUGGUGGCGAAGCUGAGAGAUGAAGGCGUGAGUGUUGAAUCAAUGACAGCUGAACUCCCUCUAAUAGCUGAUAUCAAUCCUAAUGAUCCUCUGAAGGCAUUUCAGUAGUAAUAAAAUGAUAUGCCUUUUCUUUGGGGUUAAUGUUGUAUGUUCACCAUUGUUAAAAGAUAUGUUAAUAGCUUUGCAACUUCUGCUAGUUUAUGUAAAAUGAUUUAGGUUUAUGUGGAGAAGUGUUACAAGUUUUCCUUUGAUAAUGGAUAGAUACUUGCAUUGCUCUUGAAUUGUAUUAAAUUACAAUUUUCUGUGUUAAUGAGUUUGAUUUCAU